CAUGGGUGACCUCUCUUUCUAUGGGGAUGGUCUUCUUCUGUUCUCCAAUAGUCAGCAUAUUCACAGACCUGUUUGGCUGUCGAAAAGUAGCUGUUAUUGGAGCUGCAGCUGGGUUUGCUGGACUCCUUUCAAGUUCUUUUGUAAGCACCAUUGAACCUCUAUAUUUCACCUAUGGAAUCUUAUUUGCCUGUGGCUGCUCAUUUGCAUACCAGCCAUCCUUGGUCAUUCUAGGGCACUAUUUCAAGAAACGCCUUGGACUAGUGAAUGGCAUUGUCACUGCAGGCAGCAGCUUGUUCACCGUGUCACUGCCCUUCCUCUUGAGAGUUUUGCUCGAUUCUGUUGGCCUAUACAACACCUUGCGGGUCCUGUGCAUCCUUAUGUUUAUUCUGUUCCUGGCUGGCUUUACGUACAAACCUCUUGUUUCCCAUGCCAAAGACAAGGAGGGAGGAAAGAAGGGAAAGUUCAAAUUUCUUCCUGAAAAAAAGAUAUGCAAUUUCUCCGUUUUCAAAGUUCUCAGUUACCGAAUCUGGGCUUUUGGGAUCCCAGCUGCACUUUUUGGAUACUUUGUGCCUUAUGUUCACUUGAUACUGAAGAUUCAGUGUCUCAUUGCUUUGCUGAACGUGCAUGUGCCAGGAACAGGUUCAGCUGGUCCUCCAAGGAACAGCAAAAAAGUGCAUCUCACAAUGAAAAGUAAAGAGGCUUCCAAGCAGCUGGCUAGCAAAAAAGUAUUCCGGAAAGAUAUAGCACUGCCAGGACCACUGUUAGGUACGGACUCGGGCUCCGGUGGCAUCUUAUUUGAAAUGAGAUUUGCUGGCUCUGCUG